AAAGCACUUUAGGGUUCCCGUGCCCUCUCUCUCUCUCUCGCGCGCUCACGCUCGCGCGCAAACCUUCAAGCAGAUCGUUGUGGUUAGCUGUCAUUUAGGGUUCGGUUUACCUAGAAACCGUUCUUGUUUCGCAUAACAAUCUCCAGAGAAGCCUAAAUCCUUUGGCGUUUUACAGUCUUAAUCACAUUGCCAUCCAUACUUCUUUGUGUUUUUUGGAUCCCUGCUGCAUUUGUGGAUUGUUCAGGGAUUUCGGAGAGAAUGAGAAGGGGCUUCCCCCGUUAUGAGGAGCGGCUUUCUUUUUGCUACGAGGGCAAAGCUGAAAUCUUUCUUAAUCGAACCUCUUUGGCCUUCGGCUGGUUUCUGCGACAAUCGGUACAGAACAGAUGAAGAGUGUUUGAGGGAUGAUCGAGAAAGUUUACUUUUUGGACCCAUUUCUGAUGAAUCCCUUCUUGGGCUUCCUUUCCCAGCUAGUGCGGAGGAUGAAGAAGAGGAGAAAGAUAGCUGCAGUCCUCGUAAACGAUUUUGGGAAGGGAUUAGAGCUGAAGCCAAUCAUAUAUUCCAAAUUCUCCAGCAGGAUGGGCCGGGAUUCAAUGCCAGGGAAGCUCUUGACGCGCUUCAAGUGAUGAUCUCUCCUGCUUUGGUGCGAGAAGUUCUACUCCACAUACUAAUGUCGGUCAAUGGAGCAAACAAGCAGCGAUGUUCGAGACUGGGGUACAAGUUCUUUGUGUGGGCUGGCCAGCAAGAAGGCUACAAGCACACCCCUAACGCUUACAAUCUCGCUAUGAAGAUUUUUGCCGAGUCCGAGGAGUUGAAGGCCAUGUGGAGGUUGGUCGAUGAGAUGACUCAGAGUGGGCUUCCUGUCACUCCUCGCACCUUCAACAUAUUAAUUUGCACCUGUGGAGAGGCUGGCAUGGCAAGGAAAGUUGUGGAGAGGUUCAUAAAGUCGCAGGGAUUCAACUAUCGACCAUAUAAGCACUCCUUUAACGCAAUCCUUCAUUCUCUUAUUAUCAUGAGCCAGUACAGGUUGAUUGAAUGGGUAUAUCAGCAGAUGCUUCUUGAGGGAUACCAGCCAGAUGUUUUGACCUACAAUGUUGUGUUGUGUGCGAAAUUCAGGUUGGGCAAGUUGGAUCAGUUCCAUAGGUUGCUUGAUGAGAUGCGAGACAAAGGAACAACUCCAGAUUUGCACACAUAUAAUCUCUUUCUUCAUGUUCUUGGUAAAGGUGAUAAACCUCUUGCUGCAGUUGAGUUGUUGAACUACAUGACAGAUGUCGGGUGCCAUCCGAGUGUUCUUCAUUUUACUAACCUAAUAGAUGGUCUCAGUCGAGCUGGAAAUCUUGAUGCAUGUAAGUAUUUCUUUGAUGAAAUGAUUAACAAGGGGUGUGAACCAGAUGUAGUUUGCUAUACAGUCAUGAUAACAGGAUAUACAAUGGCUUGUGAAUUUGAGAAGGCUCAGGAGCUAUUUGAUCAGAUGCAAAAAAGAGGGCAGCUCCCCAAUGUAUUUACAUAUAAUUCUAUGAUUCGUGGACUUUGCUUGGCUGGUAGAUUUGAUGCUGCAUGUGCUAUGCUGAAGGAUAUGGAAAACAGGGGCUGUAAACCAAAUUUCUCCGUGUACUGUACAUUGGUUAGCAAGCUGAGAAAUGCCGGAAAGGUUUCAGAAGCAAAUGGUGUAAUCAAUCAUAUGGUAGAGAGGGGUCACUAUCUUCAUCUGUUAUCAAGGUUCAAGGGGUAUAGGAGAUGUUAGAUAAGUGGAAACAAGUUUGAUCGAGUUCUCUAAAUGCCUUGAUUCAUCAUCAACUUUUCAAAAAUACGUUUGGCCUUUUUGGCCAAUCCGAGGGGCUAUAUAACUACCAUUUUCAGGAUUAGUCAUAAAUGGGGUGCCUAUGUUAGUUUGGAUCUUUACAAUAAAGUUUUUUAUCAAGUUCUUUCAAUUAUAUAGUAUCUUUUAGCUGAUGUCUAAUUGAUAUGAUCUUCAGCAGAAGCCAGAAAGCUAAGCAUUUGUCACACACCAUGAUGAUCCCCUCCACUAAAUGAUGCGGGAUACAACAGAGAAAAACAUACAAUUAAUGUUACAUUUUAAGUUAAUAAAAAAUCCAUCAAUAUUAGUAAUGAAAUUUGAACAUUCAAUUAUUAUAUGGAAGUAUUCCAAUUAUUCCAUUUAUAAGAUAUGUAUAAACACACACAGCAACUAACAACCCAAAGAGGAUGUAUGGAGAACAUACCCAGCUGCAUGGAAUGUUGUUCUUAAAGCUUGGAGGAGGAGAGAUUUCGGUAAUUAUGCUGAAAUUCUGAACAGAAAACUGAAAAGAUCAUUCAAAGCAUUGUAUUAUUGGAAUAAGAACAAGGUUAUGGAGCUUUCAACAUUGAAGAAUAACUUGAAGAAGGAGAUAAUGGAAUUGCAGAUUUUAGAAAGUGAAGAUGGCAUUUAAAGGAGGAGCUGAUGUUAUUAAUAAGCAAAGUAAGGGAGCUGAAUGCAACAUUGUCCCGGAUAUCAAUUUGGUGGAAUCAAAGAGCUAAAACAAGAUGGUUACAAGAAGGUGACACCAAUUCCAAGUUUUUUCAUGAUUGCAACGGCCAAAAGAAAUGGUAAUCUAAUCAAUCAAAUCAAGGAUGAAGAAGAAGGCAUUGUGAAUGAACAAGAACAAGUUGAAGCAACUUUUAUUAAAUAUUUCCAAAAUAAAUGGAGACAGAGAAUUUGUUCUAUGUCGGAUUGGCCAGAGAAUGGGUUUCAGCAAGUUGUCAAUGAUGUUGAAUGGAAUCUACUGAAUGCAGAUUUUACCCAAGGUGAGAUAUAUGAGGCGGUAAGGAGCUUGGGAAACAACAAGUCUCCUGGUCUGGAUGGCAUAACCGGAUCUUUUAUUAAGUUCUAUUGGAACAUAAUUAAGGAUGAUGUAUGGAGAGCUGUUGAUGAAUUCUUCACUCAUGGAAAAAUGCAUUCUUAAUGGAAAGACACAUUAAUUGUGUUAAUCCCAAAGGUGAAGAAUCCAAUGAAUUCGUCGCAAUAUAGACCAAUAAGCUUAUGUAAGACAAUAUACAAGGUAAUUGCAAAAA